AUGGCUCGCCCCGGAGAUACUCGCUCACCAUCACCUGUAGGCAGCACAUAUUCUUCAUCCCGACGGCCUCGCAGACAGGAUGAUCGCUAUGAAAGAGCCAGGCGGGAUGAUGGGCGCAGUUACCACAGAUCCCGCAGCCCAGAGAGACGAUACCGUGGGCGCGACCGCCCUCGCGAUAGAGAUGCAUAUCGACGCCGAGACCUCCCCAUAGACCGACGCGAUGAAGAUAGUUAUCGACCAGCUCGACGAAGUUCCCGAGAACGGCGGCGAGAUCGAGAUGAUGACCAUGAUUUCCGCCGCAGAAGUCGUGACAGAGAUUACCUUGCUAGGCGAGAUGACUCCCGUGAUCGGGACCGCAGGCGGAUAGAUGAUUCUGCUGACUUGAAGCACAAGUCUAGACGGGAUGACAGCCGCGCUCCGAGCCGACGAUCCAGGUCCAGAACCCGAGAGCCAUCAAAGAUAUCUACACCGGCCGCGGCUGCUCAGACAGACGAGGAGAAGAAAGCAGAAAGACUUGCCAAGCUCGAAGCGUGGAAACAGAAACAAGCCGCCGAACGUGAACGAAAGCAACGAGAACAGGCAUCACUUGAUCCCAAAAAGAUACUUGAAGCGAUUGACCGUAAAUCGGGCUUAUCUCCACCUGCUACAGCUCCUGCCGCAUUCCCCGGAAAGUUGAAGUUCGAUCCAAAGGCCAUCGUUAAAUCGUCAAUCACAACCACGGCUGCUCCCGCCGUCCUUGGUACUGAUGUUGCUGUCCCGGCAUCUGCGAAAGCUCCAUCUGCGACAAACGCCAAUAUUCCUGCCGCUCCGCCUGCCGCCCUCUCUGGUCCAUUGAAAGCUACAGGUAAUGUCAGCGGAUUUGGCUUGGGUUCGAGACAAGUUGCCGAAGCGGAGAAACCAUCUGCUUCCAACACUCUGGGUUUUGGGGAUGGAGAUGAGGAGGAGCAAUCCACACGCAAGAAACUCGAAAAAUUGCCGACCCCGCCUCUAGAUGCGAGUUCACAGGUGGACGAUGCCGGGGACGACGAUGUAGACAUGCAAGGCGAAGGUACAGAAGAGCAUGCUGCAGCGGAAGCGCGUGCAGCAGCCGAACGCCGAGAUACGCGAUUCCAUAAUCAAAAUGAUGAUGUGCAUAUGGAGGAGUCGACGAACGUGCAGGCCGAGUCUACCCCCAUGGAAGUUGACGAUGAUGAAGAAAUUGAUCCUCUGGAUGCCUUCAUGGCUGAACUCGAAGACUCAGCGCCGCCUGAAAGGGCAACUGGGGCCACGUUUGCCAAGAAGAACACAUACCAACAACCCGAGGCGAUGUUCAACGACGAUGAGGAAGCGGACGUCGCUGUAGUUGGUGACGAGAAAGUCGAGGACGUCCUCGCCUUGGCAGCAAUUAAAAAGAAGAAGAGAGAGAUCCCGGUAAUCGACCACAGCAAGAUCGAGUAUGAGCCAUUCCGCAAGGAAUUUUACACCGAACCUUCCAACCUUGCCGAGAUGACCGAGGAGGAGGUAGCAAACCUGCGUCUUGAACUAGAUGGCAUCAAAGUCCGCGGUGCCAAUGUUCCAACACCUGUGCAAAAGUGGUCGCAAUGCGGUCUGGGCGUACAGACAUUAGAUGUCGUCCACAAGCUUGGGUGGGAAAACCUCACAUCUAUCCAAGCACAAGCAAUCCCCACGAUUAUGUCCGGUCGCGAUGUCAUCGGUGUGGCAAAAACAGGCUCAGGAAAGACUGGUGCUUUCCUGGUUCCCAUGUUCCGGCAUAUCAAAGACCAACGGCCCUUGGCUAGUAUGGACGGCCCCAUCGCUAUGAUCUUGUCACCUACUCGUGAACUGGCCACUCAGAUUCACAAAGACUGCAAGCCUUUCUUAAGGGCCUUGGGUCUUCGUGCUGUCUGUGCGUAUGGAGGAGCCCCCAUCAAAGACCAGAUUGCCGAGCUGAAACGUGGCGCGGAAAUUAUUGUAUGUACUGCUGGCCGUCUCAUCGAUCUGCUCGCUGCAAACCAAGGUCGAGUUCUCAAUCUGCGCCGUAUCACGUACGUUGUCCUAGAUGAGGGUGACCGCAUGUUCGAUAUGGGCUUUGGCCCACAAGUUGUGAAGAUCAUGGAGAGCAUCCGACCGGACAGGCAGACUGUCCUUUUUUCGGCCACGUUCCCCAAAAGUAUGGAGGCAUUGGCUCGGAAGACGCUGAACCACCCGGUGGAGAUCACAGUGGGUGGCAGAAGUGUUGUGGCUCCGGAAAUCACGCAAAUUGUUGAAGUUCGUAAUAACGACCAGAAGUUUUUCCGCCUGUUGGAGCUCCUGGGAAAUCUGUACGAAGACGACGCAAAUGAAGACGACCGCACGUUGAUUUUUGUGGAUCGACAAGAGGCCGCGGAUGACUUGCUCAAACAAUUGAUGUACAAGGGUUAUCCCUGCAUGUCGAUUCACGGUGGUAAGGACCAGAUUGAUCGUGACAGCACGAUUCAAGAGUUCAAGGCAGGCAUUUUCCCUAUUCUGGUCGCAACAUCAGUUGCUGCUCGUGGGUUAGAUGUCAAACAGCUCAAGCUCGUCGUCAACUAUGACGCACCUAAUCACUUGGAGGACUAUGUCCAUCGUGCCGGCCGUACUGGACGAGCUGGUAACACCGGAACCGCCGUCACGUUCAUCACCGAAGAACAGGAUCGGUAUGCGGUGGAUAUUGCCAAGGCUCUCAAACAAAGUGGACAGGAAGUCCCCGAGCCCGUCCAAAAGCUGGUUGAUUCGUUUAAUGAGAAGGUCAAAUCUGGCAAGGAGAAGCAUUUCUCACGCCAUGGAUUUGGUGGAAAAGGUCUUGAUCGCCUUAAUAUGGAACGUGAAACUGCGCGACUGCGUGAGCGGAAAGCAUACAAAACUGGGGAUGAUAAUGAUGAUGAAGAUGAUAAACCUGAGACUGAAUUGGAGUCAGAUGAUCGAUUCAACAAAGCUCUUUCAGCUGUCCGAUCCACUGCCGACCCAGUUGUUACAUCACCCACAGCAGCCGUGUCUGUGCCGGGUGUGCCAAAAGGCAUUGAUCUUGAUGGGAAGAUUGUUGUACACCGUACUGAGAGAGCGCCAGCGAAUGCUUCAAAGAACCCGUUGGACAAGGUGGGCUCUGCGGUUGCAGAGAUCAACGCACGUUUGAGUCGUGCGGGUGUGAUGAGAUCGGGUGUACCCAUUGAUAACCGCGGGCCUGACGCUGGAGCCUUCCAUGCAACGCUGGAGAUCAAUGAUUUCCCUCAAAAAGCACGCUGGGCUGUCACAAACCGCACGAACGUCGCAAAGAUCUUGGAAGCAUCCGGCACAUCCAUCACCACGAAGGGCAAUUUCUACGCCGCCGGAAAGGAACCAGGUCCCGGGGAGCUUCCCAAGCUGUACAUUCUUGUUGAGGGUGAGACGGAGAUUUCAGUCACCACUGCCAUCCACGAGCUUAGACGGCUGCUCAAAGACGCCACACUGGCAGCUUCAGAGGGUGAGGCGCGCGCUCCGGUGGGUGGCCGCUACAAUGUUCUUUAG